AUGCCUGCGCUUCAUGGGGACGAGAAACAGCUCGGUCAUCAGCUCAUUUCAUCAGGACACUCCGCGAGGAGGGUGCUCUGGAGAAGCCAAGGGCAGCUUCCAAGCCUGGAACGAACGGUCGGGAGCGUCUGGGGCCAAUGUCCCGGUAACCAACCGCGGAGAGGUGUCCCACAUAACCUGGCUACAACCAAGCUGACACAGCCUGUCAGCAGUGACCUGAAACACUCCUCAAGUGGAAAACAGCGUGUUCUGUAUCUGCACCGCCCAAGUGUGAGAGCCACGGAAGAAGCCGAGCUGGGGAGUGCGCCCCCGACUCCCCGCUUUCGCCUACCUACCCGCUCAGACCCCGGCUUCUCCGGAUCUCAGGAUCCUGGAAGCGGCUCCCGGCACCGACUCUCACACCCGCCGCUGGGCUCCGGCCAACCGGAACUCCCUCGCGUCACUUCCGGUCCGGUCCCCCGAGGAGCCCGCCUCCGAAAGAGAAAUGUUCCACCUUCCUUGAGGCAACCCGAGAGGGUCCUCGCGGGAUUUCGGUUCGGCUUUCUCAAUUCGGAUCCUUUUCUCUGGAAACCCGGAAGAAGUGGUUGGCGCGCGCGAAGCGUGUUCCCUGUUCAGGAGUGGAGAGCCACAAAGCGUGAGCGACAACUAGUGCUUCAGGUGCUCUCCAAGUUCUUGGUUAUGGAGUAUUUGGCUCAUCCUGGUACACUCAGCUUGGCUGCUGGAGUUGCUUGUGGCAUGUGCCUGGGCUGGGGCCUCCGGGGUCACCUUGGCAUGUUACCCCAGAACUCAACAAGUGAGACAAAUAGAGACACCAAGACAGAAACCGAAGCAAGCAUUCCUGGGGAGAGUGGGGAGUACAAAAUGAUUCUUGUGGUUCGAACUGACCUAAAGAUGGGAAAAGGGAAGGUUGCUGCCCAGUGUUCUCACGCUGCUGUUUCUGCCUACAAGCAGAUUCAGAGGAAAAACCCUCAAGUGCUCAAAGACUGGGAGUACUGUGGCCAGCCCAAAGUGGUCGUCAAAGCCCCAGAUGAAGAAACCCUCAUUGAAUUACUGACCCAUGCCAAAGUGUUGGGACUGACUGUAAGUUUAAUCCAAGAUGCUGGACGUACUCAGAUUGAACCAGGCUCUCGAACUGUCCUGGGAAUUGGGCCAGGACCAGUAGAGCUAAUUGAUGAAGUUACUGGCCACCUAAAACUUUACUAGAUGAGCUUUUGUAUAGUGGUGAUUCUGUCUGAAAAGUAUGAAGCCUGUCAGUAAUAAAAGCUUAAUUCUUGCUCCACUUUAAAAUAUGUUCCCAUGUUCUUCUGUCAUGUACUGGACCAUUAAUAUCUUGAGUUUAAAAUACUUUCGAAGGGCUAGAGAGACGUCGCAGUGGUUAAGAGCAUUUGUUGCUCUUGCAGAGGACUUGGGUUCAGUUCCUAGUUGUCUGGAUGGCAGUUCACAACCACCUAUAGUUGCAGUUCUUGGACUUCCGACACCUUCCCUCAUCUCUUCAAUAACCAGGCACACAUGCAUACAUACAGGCAAAACCACUGUACACAUAAAUCUGAAGAGUAAACGCACGCCUUUAAUCCCAGCACUUUUGAGGCAGUGAGUUUGAGACCAGCCUGAUCUAGAGAACUAGUUCCAGGACAGCCAGGGGCUACACACGAAUACCCUGUCUCCAAUCAACAAAGCAACAAAAAAGGAAUAAAAAUACAUUGUUUAAAUGCUUGAGUGAUAGAUGCUAGAACAGUGAUGAAGUUGGGUGGAGAGGGAGCCAUGUUUCCUGUGUAUAAUUAGGCCCCUUUAUGUUGAUUACUCUUCAGUCAAACCAUGCUGCUAUUCCUGGCCUUUUUUGAGGACCUGGUUCAAGAAUCAUAUGGCAGUUUUUCCCUGCUGCUACUUUUUGAAUGUCUGAUAAUCUUUUUAAUUACGAGAUCAUUGCAUAGACCCAUCAUGCAAUCAUAAUUCAGAUUUUAUCUAGCUGAAUGUUUAGGAGAUGGCAUAACCUUGAACUUGUGGCAUUUCUCCUGCCUUGACCUCCCACAUGCUGGGACUGAAAGCAUCAGCCAUUAUACCCAGUAAAUUUCUAUUUCAAAGUUGAAAUUUUAUGACCUGUGUAGCUUUUUGAUGUUUAUUUCUGAUCCACUUGGAUAAAGAUACUUCACAGUGGUUCUAAUACACAAGCUAUAAAAAUUUCUUUACAUUAUUGGUGAAACCAGUGAGUUUGUGAACUUUAUGGACUUUGAAAGUGGAAAUGUGAGAAUUUAUGGUCACUAAAGGACUGUAGUUGUAUGCAACCUCUCCUGAAAUGUUAGGAACUAAAUAAUUUUAUUACUUAAGGGCACUUUUUCUGACUAGCCUGGAACUAUGUUGAACAGGCUGAUCUUGAACUCAAAGGUCCUCCUACCGCUUUCUCCCAAUGCUGGGAUUAAAGGCUUAGUCAGCAUACUUGGCUACAUAAAGCUUUCUUGACAGUCUUGCUAGAAUCCAUUGUUCUUGAUAGCUCCAGAAGAUUGACAGUUAUUUCUAUGUCCACUAUAUCCUUUAGAACUAUGAUGUUAAGGAGUAUAAGGUCGUAAGUGGAAACUAGGCGGAAUGAUUAAACUGUAGGCAGUUUCCAAGUUAUAACGCUUGGCGCAUAGAUGGUUCAGGAGUAGUUAACACUGAAUGAUGCCACAGUAGCAACAGUUUCUAAACAGAAUGUUUAUACAGGAGUCAAGUGAUGCAACCACCUGUAACUGAGUUGAACUCACUUAAAUACAUGGUUAUGACUCAGGUAAUUUAUGAGACUUGCUGCAGACUACAGCAUGACUCCACACUGACAGACUGCAUUCCCAGCAGGAUGUCUGGGGUAGCUGAUUCAAGGACCUGUAACAGUGAAAAUUGUUAAUUCUGGUAACAAAUCCCAGUAUUUGUUCACCUGUUCUUGAUGUGUAUUUCAUACGCUCUUACCAAACAGCCCUCGAGGCAUACUCUACAGAGCCCAAGGAGUUUUCAUGUGACUGUACAUUAACUUGAAUGAGGGUAUUGUCUUUUCUGUCUAGUGUGCCCACUGAUGGUCUGUCUGAAUGAGCAGUCAUAGCUUGCAUGGUCCCACGUUUAUAGUAGUUUCACUUGUCCUGAGCAGCAGUACUUUUUCCUAGCAUAUAUAGGGGAGGGGCUUUGAGAACUGCAGAAUGCAGGACAAGGGAGUCUUCAGAGGAGUCCUGGUAGGUUGCCCAUGCUUCAGAAGAUGGUCCAACAUACAACUGUACAUAAGCACUGACUUGGGAGAA